AUGGACGAACAUAAUAAUAGUAGUACCAUUAUUAUCAGCAAUAAUGUUUCACAAGAUAGAAUUGAAACAUCACAAGAAAGAAGAAGUAGUAGAAGAAGAGUAAUUUUAAAUAGUAACAACAAUGAAAUUUUCAGUCACCAAGAGGAUUUGAGUACUCAACAAGGAGAAUAUAUAUUGGAUUCAUCUUUUAGAAACAGGGAUAAUAAUAAUAAUAAUAAUAAUAAUAAUAAUAAUAAUAAUAAUAAUAAUAAUAAUAAUAAUAAUAAUAAUAAUAAUAAUACAACAACUCUAUCACUAUUAAUUCAACGUAGUAGUGGUGUCAAUGGGAUAUAUGUUGAUGCAACAAUGGAUGAAAAUAGUGAUGAAGAAAAAGAAGAGUUAAGUGAAGGAGACCAAUUAAUAAACUUUGAAGAUGUAUCAUAUAAUGAAGAAGUAUUAGAGGAUGAUCAUCAAAUUCAACUCCAACUACAACUACAUGAUGGUGGUGAAGAACCUGAAUAUGAGGAAUUCUUCAUGGAAUACGAUGAAGAACAAGAAGAACAACAAGAAGAAGAAGAAGAAGAAGAAGAAGAACAACAACAACAAGAAGAAGGGGGUGAUGAUAAUCAAUAUGAUGCUGAAUUUAGUAUUGAAGUUGAUGUAGAAUUAAAUAAUUUUAAUGAUCAAUAUGAUGAAGGUGCAAUGGAAAAUGGUGAACGUAGAAAUAGAUUAAUAAUAAUUCAUAACCAUAUACAUGAAGUUAGUGAUGAUGAUGAUGACGACGAUGAUGAUAAUAAUAAUAAUGAAGGUGACCAAGUUAUAGAAUAUUAUCAAGGUGGUGGUGGUGAAGAAGAGGAAGAGGAAGGAGAUAGCAAUGGUGAAGGUGAAGGUGAGGGUGAAGAAUAUCAACCUCAAGAGGGUGAGAGUGAAGAAGAUUAUGAAGAAGAUUUUUAUAUUGAACAUGAUGAUUAUGAUCAUGACAUUGAAAUACAUGAAGAGGAGCAAGAGGAAGUUGAUGAGGAGUUACAAGAAGAGGGAGAGGAAGAAGAAGAAGAAGAAGAGGUAGAAGAGGAAGACGCUCAAGAGGAACAAGAAGAUAAUGCAAAUGAAGGAGAAGAAGAGGAAGAAGAAUUUGAAGAUAUAGAUGAAUCAAACCAACAUGUAGAUUCAAAUAUUGAAGUUGAUGAUGAAGAUGCUCAUGUCAAUAUUGAUGGUGAUGAUGAUGAUGAUGACGAAGAUGAUAUUCCCACUGUCAAUAAUAGCAGAAACGAAGAUAGUUAUUGGACAUACGGAGAUUUAACAUCUGAAGAUAAUGGUGUGUCAACAUCAAGAAGACGACUCUUUAGACGCGGUGUAAGUUUACAUCCAUCUAUUGGUUAUGAUGUGGAACUUUCUGAAAUUUUAAGAUAUAGAGAUCAACAAGAACUUUAUGAAAAUAGCAAUAAUAAUGGUGGUAGUAGUAGUAGAAGAAGUAGAGGAAGUAGUAGCAAUAGCAGUAGUAGUAGUAGUAGAUAUGCAAGAGAUCCUGAACUUCAAUAUGUUUAUGAACAUCCAGUUUCAGAACAAUUUGGAUAUAUAGGAUGGUUUUUAUAUAAUAAUUUUCAAAAGAGUGGAUUACUUAGAGUUGAUUCAGGUCCAAAGUUUUUAUCACAGGUUUUAAAUUUCUACCUAACACUAUUGGAACAACAAAAAACAUAUACCUUUGAAAAUCAAAAGAAAUUGGAAGCAUUUAUAAGUUGUUUUUUAAAUAUAGCCGAAACAAAUAAAUUACUUGGUAUAAGGUUAUCAACAAAAGAACUCAUUCCCAUUAAAUUCACAUUGGAUAUCAUUGAACAUCAUUUCAAAUCAAAUGAUUCCCCUUUGUUUAAACAUUACAUUGAACAUGUAUUACCAGUGUCCGAAUUAUUUUAUAGUAAAAUCACAAAUGAUAAAUUGGCAAUCAUCAAUAAACGAUUGGUAUCCGCUUUAUCCUCUGCUGAAAACUAUUCAUCCGUAAUUAACAUUCACGAUAAGCGAUCACAAUAUUUUGAAUAUUUCAGAAAACAAUUAUGGUCAAUUCGAAAUCAAAAUGACUUAAAUACAUUAUCAUCAUAUUAUAAAUAA